AUGUAUUACAAUCAACAACCUGUCGUUGGCUCCAUUACGGAGCGUCUCUAUUCCUAUGAUGUUGAUGAACUUAUUGAAGCAUUAGCCUAUCGUGGUAUAUUAUCAAGACAUAUAGCUCGUAACAAUAUUCUACCAUCUGAUAUCUUUAUUAAUUCAUCAACAAAAUAUCGAAAUAUCAACGUAUUACCAACAUAUGGAAAUACAAACUAUCGGUUUUAUCAUACAUAUGAUCAACAUCAAAAUCCACAUUAUUAUAGAAAAUGUAUCACACCUUUACCAUCGUUGAGACCGCAUACAGCAAUAAAAAACUGGACAACAUUGCCAACAAUUUCAACAAAUCCAAGUUUAAAACGUCAAUUAAGCAUAUUUGGAUUAGAUUUACCUAAAAUUACUACUCAUCGUUCAUGCGAUUUAUGUGAUUAUCAUCGUCCUCGACAAUCACCAAAACAUGACUAUUCAAAAGAUUAUACACGUUUAAGAUUUUUAGAAUUAUUAACUGCAAUUCAUCGUGUCUAUUUGGAACCACAAUCGCGUAUACAUUUAGCUCUUACAGAUAUUAUUUAUUUUAAUCUUGAUUUAAGUGAAAUAAUUCUUUCACAUCAUGAUUACAAAUAUUUUGGUACAGAAACAAUUGUUAAAGCUUUAAAAACUAUUAUUGAUAAUAUAACUGAAUUUAUGCCUGUAACAGGUAUUUUAGGAACAUCCAGUGAUGAAUCAGUAUUAAAAUAUCUAUUAAUGUGUAAAUUUGACGAUUAUCCAACAAAUUAUUUUUGGAUCGUCGAAAAACGAAUGUUAGCAGUAAAUGAUGAUACUACAAGAAGAAUAGAUGGUGUCAUUGAUCAUUUUAAAGCAAAAUAUUUGAUUAUAUCAGCAUUUUUUUUUCGUAGUUUAAUUAAAACUUUACUUUAUAAACCUGUCAAAUAUCGUUUAUUGAGAGGAACAAUAACAAAACGACAAUGGAAUAAUAUUCGUUUAUUAUCAACACUUUUACUUUGGUGUACACGACAUGCUGUCGAUCAAACGCAAACAAUGCCAUUUCCAUGGGAAAUGCAAGAAUUUUUAUUUGAUGACGACAAAUUAUUAACAUUUUAUUCACGAAAAGAUAUUGAACAAAUUGUUAAUCAAUCAUCAAAACGAAUAAGUGCAUGGGCAUGUGAAUAUGCCGAACGAUUAAGAAUAUCAAUUACAACCAAAAAACAGAAAAAUUAUCAACACUAA